AUGCAGCCAGCGUGGGUCGGCUGCCUAGCCCUCCACGUCAUCGUCUUAUCUCUCCUACCCACUCUCCUGGUGCGUGCGGGCGACGUUCCUGGCGAGGCGGAGUCGCUACCGGGAUGGAAGGGCGCCACCUACGUCCUACCGCCAGGACUUCGGGGACGGGAGAGGGACGCGGCGAAUGAGAGCCCUGAGCUGCCGGAAGCCGGGCUUGCGCAGGGAGAUCAGCAGAGGAGGCAGCGGACGGAAACUGAAACGCAACCACAGGCAACUGAGUCGUUGGGACAAGGUGACUCUAACGGGGGAGGAGACUCUAGCGGGCGCGCGAUUAUUCAGCUGUCGGCGGACGAGCCGCGCGCGCAUCUGUUCAAGCGGUUCCUGACGGAUGAAGAGUGCGACCACAUCAUCUCUCUCGCCGAGCCCUCGCUCGAAAGAUCGACGGUGAUUGCGGCGGCGAGCAGCGGCAGCGAGGUGAGCGACAUUCGCACGAGCUUCGGGACGUUCAUCGACAAGGCCGUAGACGACGUGAUAGCGCGCGUCGAGCGCCGCAUCGAGGCGUGGACGCACCUGCCCGUGUCGCACCAGGAGGCGCUGCAGGUGCUGAGGUACAACGUGGGGCAGAAGUACGUCCCCCACCACGACUACUUCUCCGAUCCACCGGAGACGCUGCAGGGAGGGCAGAGGCUGGCAACCGUGCUCAUGUACCUCAGCAACGUGACCCUUGGGGGGGAAACAGUCUUCUCCAAUGUCCCUGACCCAACUCCCAAGGACCAUUCUUGGUCCGAUUGUGCCAAGGGUUACUUGGCAGUCAAGCCCGUAAAAGGGGACGCGUUGUUGUUCUUUAGUAUGCACCCGGAUGGGACUCCGGAUGAGGCGAGUAUGCAUUAUGCGUGCCCGGUGGUGGAGGGGGUGAAGUGGUCGGCACCCAAGUGGAUUCACGUGAGGGAGUUUGAUGUGCCUGGGGAGGAGGGCGAUCCGAAUGUGUGUGCGGAUUCGAAUGGCAUGUGUGCAGAGUGGGCGGCGGCGGGGGAGUGCGAGAAGAACAGCAAGUAUAUGGUUGGGGGGAAGAGGUUCGUGGGGGCGUGCAGGAAGGCGUGUGGCGUGUGCACAACCGACAGCACCAAUGGGACUGCUGCUGGCGGCGAGGCUGUGCAAAGAGCUGUCUCGUAG